AUGGCCGACACAGCGCCUGCUGUGAUCUCUGAAUCAUCCAAAUCACCUCUCCUCCCACCCUCCUCCCCCACCUUCACCUUCUCCGCCCCAUCCACUCCCGGCCCCUCCACCACCUCCUCCACCGCAGCAGGCAUUGUCGAGAAAGACUCAGGUGAGCGCGUGAUCCCCUCCUCCGCGCGCAAAGACGGCACACGCAGACGCGAGAUCAAAGUCAGACCGGGAUAUACUCCGCCUGAGGACGUGCAGAAGUACAACGCGGCGGAGAGAGUUGCGCUGCGGCGGCAGAGAAUCGCUGCCGAGAAGGAGGCCGCUGCUGCUGCUGCUGCUGCUUCAGAGCCUGAUCUCGAUAAUGAGCUUGCCGAGGCCCUUAAAUCUGAGCUGCAGAUCAAGGACGAUAAUCAGCCUACUCUUUCUUCAACUUCCUCAGAACUCCCACCUUCACAGCUAGAUCAAGACGAAUCUGAUCCUGCACACAACCCACCUACCUCUUCUCGGUCCAGAAAACCACCAUCGUCCCUUCGAAGACUUGCCCGCAAACAACCCCAAACUUCAGAAGAAACACAAAGGACGCAUUCUGAUCUGCCACCACCCCCUUCCGACUCCACAAGCCAUCUCGACACCACCACCACCACCACCACCGCUCCCACAUCCAGAAACGACGACGACGACACAGAAUGGGACACCGCUUUCCAACAAGACCUAAACGCCCUCCUCGGCUUCGACCGCCUCGACUAUCCCACCUCUUCCCACCAUCGCGGCGGACGCGGGCGCAACCCUCGCGGUCGCGGAUCCAGCCGCGGCUCAGGAAGAGGCGGGAAUACCCAGUUCCACCCGUCGCGCCAGGCUACUGGUCCUGAUCCGGAAAACAACUUCAUGUCAGCCCAGCAUCGUGCUCGCGCAACGCCCGAAUUUGAGCGUGAAGAGAACGCGUAUUCUGCGGAGGGAUACGCACCUCGCCGAGGCGGGCACCGUGCGCGAGGCGCGAAAGCUCCGGUCGAGAAUAGCCGCGACGCGCAAAUCUCGGGCCUCACAGAACGCCAAUCCAACACCCCGCCUUCCUCCUCCGCAUCCUCCUCCGACCCACCACCCGCUUCUUCUAUCACAGACACCUCCUCCCACACUAGACACAACCCCCAUCGCUCCCGCCGCGAGAGACCUGUGGCACCACCUGCCCUACCCGUCGACGAACAGCAACACUUCCCGUCCUUCAAUGAAUUCUACGGCCGUGAAUCGCCGGCCCGUGGAAAUCGUCGGCCAAACAUAACCAGUCGUGCCGGGCGCGGGGGACGGAUAAGACAUAGAGGAGGAGCUGCUGCAGGUGCAAGUGCAGCGGAGGCAGAACCUGCCAGCUAG